GCUUCCCAUCUAGAUUUCCACCUCUCACCCCCUUUACCUUUUCUAGAUUUCUCCGCAAUUCUAAAUGUUCUGUGAUUGGUACUUAGGCAUGUGUUCAAAAAAUUUUCUUGGAUGCCUGAUGAUCACCACCGUGAUGAGUUUGAUCAGCUCGUCCAAAGCAUAUAAGUUUUACGUUGGCGGGAGAGAUGGUUGGGUGGCUAACCCUAAGGAGAACUACAAUCACUGGGCGGGGAGAAACCGGUUUCAGGUCAAUGACACUCUCUUUUUCAGGUACAAGAAAGGAUCAGACUCAGUGCUGGUGGUGAGCAAAGAGGAUUACUUCUCCUGCAACAUCACGAAUCCGAUAAAGUCCUUAACCGAUGGUAAUUCAGAGUUCAAGUUUGAUCGUUCGGGUCCGUUUUUCUUCAUCAGUGGAAAUGCAAAUAACUGCAACAAAGGUCAAAAGCUCAUCGUGGUGGUCCUCGCUGUGAGGCACAAGCACCAUUACCCUCCUUUGCCUACUCCUUCCCCAUCUCCUCCAGCUAUGUCUCCCGCUCCGGUGAUUGAUUCUCCGCUGUCACCUCCUGUUUCAUCACCUCCCUCGGAGUCGCCAGAGGCUGGUGAUAGUGAUGGUCCGUCAAUGGUGGAUGGUCCAGCAGCACCAGCUCCAUCGCACAAGAAUUGGGGUUCUUUGACAUCGGAGCUGUCUACUUGGUUAGUGGUCGGAUUAAGUGUUGGGGUUAGUGUGGUUUUGGGUAGCUUUAGUGUUGUUUAAUUAAGGAGACAAAGGCUUAAGGGAAAUUCUUGUUUGAAAGAAUGGGGUUCGUUUAUUUCUUUUGGUCUUAUGUUAUUGUGCUAAUAUUCUGCAAUUUUUGAUGGUAUUUAAUAUCCAGAUGGUUUUUGAAUGAAUGUGAUUUUCUCGU